GAUACACACGUAAACAACGCCCAAGUGAAGUAGGGCCUAUCUUGGCGUUUUGUGUUGUGUGAGACUCGUUGGAAUUUUGUUUAGGUGGUGACUGACUGUAAUUUUUUUAACCAUAUAUGAUAUUACAAGAUAAAGGUAAAAUGGAAUCAAGCAGCCUCACACAAGACAUGGAAUUUACCGCUGGCAGCGGAGCCGUCUUGAGUCCAGAACAAAAAGCAUCUCUGCAAAUGUCACUCAUCUUGCUAAAAAACGAAAACAAAUUUCGGGGCUUGUUUUUUUGGGGAAAAAUUAUGGGGCUAUCAGGUGAUUACUACAUUGCACAAGGAAGGUGGCAACAUGCACUUAGUGAUAGAAAACGCUUUUAUAGCAAGGACUGCAUCAAAUGGAACCUUCUCCCUGAGCCCGAUGAAUUAAUGAGAGAGAACAGCCGCCUCAUGGUUGGCCGCUUCACGGGUGACCCUUCUCAUGAGUUUGAGCAUGUAGAAAUUAAGAAAGUGAAUGGACAAGAUGAAGAGUUUUUUACAGCAAUGAAGGAGGAAAAUAGACUAGCAUCAGUAAUAGCAGACAUUGAUGAUGAUGCUGCAAUCAUUCCUCGAGGAGCAUACCUCAGAACCCCACAAGGGAUAGUAAAGCCUAACAAAAGCUUUGAAGGGCUGUCUAUAGCCGAUGCGACAAAACUAGAAUCUUAUCUCCACUUCCGUGACAUGGCAAAAAUGUCUGGAAAGGAAGUCUCACAGCGUGCAGACUUUAACAAGUCCUUGGACUUCCUUGAUCCCAUCUCUGAUGACAUUCCGCAAGGCUCAUGGAGUAUACAAUCAGAGAGAGGCAGCGGCCUGGUUGUACUACGCAGCCUCAUCUGGUUCGGUCUUACCUUCUACCACAUACCGAACACACCCCAGUAUGGUUUCAUGUACAUGGGCAGUGGAGAGAACAACAAAGACCUGCCAUUCAUGCUGUAAUAAUUUGAGCAAUGUUCAGGAAUUUAAUAAUAUAUAUAACUUUA